GUGUGUGUGUGUGUGUGUAUGUGUAUAUGUAUAUGUAUAGGAAUAUCAAAAGCCACGAACAGAAAUAGACGUUCAUUAGUUUAGUUUGUCCGGCUUGUAGUCAUGGCUUUGAAAAGAAUACAGAAGGAGUUAAAUGAUUUGCAACGGGAUCCACCUGCACAGUGCUCAGCAGGUCCAGUGGGCGAUGAUUUGUUUCAUUGGCAAGCAACAAUAAUGGGACCUAGCGACAGUCCAUAUCAAGGAGGGGUUUUCUUUCUCACAAUCCAUUUUCCGACAGAUUACCCUUUUAAACCACCAAAGGUAGCGUUCACAACAAAAAUAUAUCACCCAAACAUAAACAGUAAUGGAAGUAUUUGCCUGGAUAUUUUGAGAUCACAGUGGUCCCCGGCACUAACAGUAUCAAAAGUUUUAUUGUCCAUAUGUUCUUUGCUUUGUGACCCAAACCCUGACGACCCCUUAGUACCAGACAUAGCACACAUCUACAAGUCAGAUAAAGAAAAAUACAACAGACUAGCAAGAGAAUGGACUCAGAAGUACGCAAUGUAAAGAAAACUGAACAGAUUUUUAAAGUCACAAAGCACUGUAAAUUCUAGAAUCUAAAAAUAAAAUAAAAUUAGGUAAUAUUGUUGAACACAAUGUACUGUUAACAUAUCACUUCAAGGCAAUUACCAUUAAUGAACCAAGAUUUAGUAUUUUACAGGAAAAUUCUCCUAUGUCCAAAAAUGACAUGAGAAAGCUUAGCAGAUUUUGUGCAUUGUAGACAGACUUUUUUUUUCUUUAUUUUAGCACUUCUUGAUCACUUAAACCCAUUAAAACUAAAAUUGUAAUGCA